UUUUGUGUUUUUUUAAUAUUUUAGUGCUAUAAAUGUCGAAUUCAUCCAUUCACUGCUCUUCAAACGCUUUUGAAUUAAUCUAGGCUAUACACCUCACUCAUCAGCUUCCACGGGUCAGGAUAAUCUGAUCAGAGUCAUAGUAGCAAGUAGGCCUACUUGUUUUAUGUGAAAAAUUACUUUAAUACCCGUCCAACCCCACUUGAAGAAAGUUGACUUAUCCAGUGAUGUUGCAGAAGGCCUAUUAUAAAAGGCCCAUAUCAGCUGGAACUGCUCUCUGCCUAUAACAAGUGCUGUCACUGCCCAGUCUGAUCUGCCAGUAACCGCUGCUGCCAUCGACAGGAUCUGCAUGGACUGUUUGUGAGGCCUGGCUAAUCCAUAUCACCUGUGCCACUGAGGAUAUCACAUGAUGUCGGGCUUUAUUAUUGGUUUCUGGCUCCUUCUGUUGAUCUGCGGACUUUUGUUCUGGUACACCAGACAAACCAUUCCGUCCGUCGGCGAUGCUAACUUCAGGAAGUUUCAGAGGACUUAUUUGGUGGUUUAUCUGUUUGCAACGGCUGCCGACUGGCUCCAAGGUCCGUAUGUGUACGCGUUGUACGAUCAUUAUGGGAUGUCGCAGUAUGACAUCGAGAUUUUGUUCGUCGCCGGCUUUGGAUCCAGUAUGCUUGUUGGGACGUUUGUUGGAUCCGUUGCUGAUAAAUACGGUCGUCGGGCAAAUUGUGUAUUGUACGGCAUACUUUAUGGGCUUGCCUGUAUUACAAAGCAUUUCAAUAAUUUCUGGAUAUUGAUGCUGGGACGUCUUCUGGGUGGUACAGCGACCAGUAUACUGUAUAGUGCGUUUGAAUCAUGGCUGAUUUGUGAGCACAAUAAGCGAGGGUUCGAUCAGGAUUUGUUAUCAACAAUCUUCUCGCAUGCCGUCCUCGGAAAUUCAGUCGUUGCCAUUUUCUCUGGGGUUAUUGCCCAACAAUGUGCCGAUGUAUUUGGCUAUGUGUCACCGUUCGAUCUCUCCCUGGUCAUGUUAAUUAUAAUGACAAUCAUCACCAUGGUAACGUGGUCAGAAAACCAUGGUGACCGCACCGGAGAUGUGUCAAAAUCAUUCAAAGAUGCCAUCCAUGCCAUUAAAUCAGACCAUAAGAUCCUCUGCCUCGGCUUGAUCCAGGCGUUGUUCGAAGGUGCCAUGUAUACAUUUGUGUUGGAGUGGACACCCGCCCUGACGCCGCCAAAACCUGUCGUACCAGCAGCCGGUUCUGUCACGGACGAAGGGAACGAUGGUCACCGGGGAACGAUACCUCAUGGAUAUAUAUUCGCCGCAUUUAUGGUUGCCAUCAUGAUUGGUUCAUCUUUAUUCAAAAUACUCAACAAACACAUCGCUGUCGAGUCCUUUAUGAGAUUCGUACUUCUAGCUGCCGCAUUGUCAUUGUUGACACCUGUCCUAUUCCCGUUUAAUCAGCCUGUGAUUUUUUGUGGAUUUCUUGUCUUUGAGGCCUGCGUCGGGAUAUUCUGGCCAUCGCUGAGCACGAUGAGAGGCAAAUAUGUCCCUGAAGAGACCCGGGCCACGAUAAUGAAUUUCUUCCGAGUUCCUUUGAAUUUGAUUGUGGUGGUUAUUUUGGUUCAGGAUAUGAACAUGUCUGUGAUAUUCGUCUGCUGUUUUGUGUUUCUCAUCCUCUCAACGAUAUCUCAGCAAUGGCUAUUCAUGCUUAAGUCUAAUGUGGUGAAGAUGGACAAGGCCAGGACGAACGAUCGGGCAAGACUCAUGGGAGAGGAGGAAGAGGAGGCAUAAUCUCAUUGGGAAGAUUCGCAUUGGAUACAGACGGCAUAUCAGGGAAAUUUUACUCCCCAGAAAAAGAAAAUGAGCAUGGAAAAAAUACCCUCCAAAUUUUAUGAAAAAUGUUUUUCUUGCUGUUAAUCAAAGACACCUCUUAAAGGGGGACUAUAGGCAGGAGGAGAGGGGCUAAUUUUGCCAUCUUCAAGUGACUAGUAUACCCAGUAAGAGCCCUUGGUCAUGUCAAACUUAGCACUAAAUAUAUCCCUCGUACGAGCGUGAAUCAUUUCAACCUACUGUGAGAUGUGAGAGACCCCUUUUGGUCGCUUUGUGUAACUUUAUCUUGCCUGCCUAUUUUGUCCCUUUAACUGCCUCAAACAUCCAAUUGGACUUGUUUAAAUGCAAGUUUUCAGGUGCAUCUUUGUAUUGACGUUAAAAUUUAGUGCAGUAAACCAUCAAAUUUUGACAAGUCUUUCAUUUGGCAAAUAAUCUCAAAAUAAUCUGCAAAAUUCAAAAUCUCAGAAAUAUUUAUUUAUACAAAAAUGGAUAGAAAUUCUGUAAUCCACCAAAAUGAAAAUGUUCGCAAUUUUAGAAAGGUUUCACUAUUUUAGAAAAAUUUUCACUAUUUUAGAAAAUUUUGUAGUAAAAACUGUAUUCAACCACAAUUAUCGCACUCACAAACUUUUGUUGUUGAUGACAAUUGUGACCCGUCACAGCAAAAUCAGGCGCAUGUCGCUCUGAGCUUGGCAGGUUGAGACGGACUGUUUGUUCAUUUCUCUAUUGUCUGCCUUUUGUGAAAUAUGAGCACAUCAAUUUCUUCCAUUAUCUCCUGGUGUCAUUUAGGAUCAUCUUCUGUGCGACAUGCGCCUGGUUUUGCUGUGACGGGUCACAAUUCUCAUGUGAUUAUUAGCUUCAACUUUCAGAAUCACCUCGACUACUCAGACAAAUUUUUAUUGGCAGUAUUCUUCACAAAAUGUAGUCGUUUUGUAGUGUUAGUGUGCAGGGAGUGUAUAAGUGUUAGCAUUAGAAUGAUAAAUUAUUUCGUAAGUAGUGUCAACACAUUCAUGGCAGGACCAUCAACCCCUCUUCGAAUGCCCAGAAAAAACUAAGCAGCAAUAAAUAAGCAGCAAAUGUAUUUUACAAUACGCGUAGCUGCUCCAUUAUGCUAGAAUCCCGAAUCAAUCAGAAAAAUAUAGCUACACCCCCUUACUUUAUUUGAUUUUUUGUCGAAGAAAUGUAGAAAAAUGGCUGAAAUGACCCCAUUUCAUUUUAAUUUGUAAAGGCUCCUCUCUGGAUAUAACAUCAAAAGGUCACAAAACUAGGUGUUAUUGUUACCAAAAUACAUGUAUGUGUAUACUCGCUUAAAUCAUUUAUGGCUUGUUUGCUAAAGUUAUGAUAUUUUAUUUUGCUCUUGUGAAGUUUUUUACUUUAGGUCGGAUUCCAUUACAGUGGGAAGCCGUCACGGUUUCCAACAUUCCACAGGCUAUGUGAUCAGUUACUAUUGCAAAGCAAGUAACUUAUAUGAAAAUUAAUCAAACGCCUGUGAAAUCCCUGUAGUUUUCCAUGUUUUCAGUGGUUCCUGAUCUAGUGGAUUCAGACCUAUGUUGUACAGUGAUAUAUCUUUCAUAUUUUGCUUUUUUUCUCAAAUAUGCCUCUAUCAUAUUUGAGGUCAAGUUCACGUAGAAGUCAUCUUGUCACGUGUCAUGUUCUAUAUUCACACGAGAACUGAAGAAUGAACAAGUCAUGUUCACUAUUCACACGUGAAAUGAAGAAUGAACAAGUCAUGUUCACUAUUCACACGUGAACUGAAGAAUGAACAAGUCAUGUUCACUAUUCACACGUGAACUGAAGAAUGAACAAGUCAUGUUCACUAUUCACACGUGAAAUGAAGAAUGAACAAGUCAUGUUCACUAUUCACACGUGAAAUGAAGAAUGAACAAGUUAUCAUCAAAGUCCGAGCUUUGUAGGACACCAGGUUCUCGUGUCUCGUCAAAAAGUCUUCCGUUCACACGUGAAUUUUCAUGCGCGUCUUGUGACACGUGAAAGACUUCUACAUAAACUUGCCAUGUGUUAGGUUUAUAUCCAUGACCUGUCAAAUGCUCCUUCCAUUUUCAGCAACAUUCCAAAAUGUCUCUUUUUAAUAUAUAUUCAAGGCUUUCAUUCUCGUAUAAGCAUCAAAUUUGGAACACUUUCACUAAAAACACAAAUGGGGUAGUGAAAACUAUGGAUCGGGAGGUACUUCAAGUUACUGAUAGAUGGCAGUGCGUAUGAGUUUUUAAGCAACACAGUAGCUUUUCAAUCACUGGCAUAACAUUUGAGAAAUGUACUAUCUUUUUGUGCAUUUUGCUGUACAUCUCUUUCUGCAUAAUGUAGCAAAUGAAGAGAGUCUUAAGUCAGACUCAGAAUUCAAACACUUUUCAAGAAGUGUUGAGUUGGACUCAGGAGUCAAAAAUCGGAUGCGAUUCUGAAGGAUACUCAUCCAGAACUUAUUUGCAAUGAGGAACCUGCAGAACUACAAAUCCAGAUGGCAGCACCAGUACUAAAAGGUACACUUCCAGUGCAUUUUCCAUUAAAGUUAAGUUUUGCCCUACUCAGUGUAAUGUAUAUGCAAAAUGUAUGUGUGUGCCUGUAUGCCCAUCAAGAUUGACGAAAUCAUAUUUGUGUUAAUUUUCAUAGAUUUGUUUGUCUUAUGUUUUGUUAACAUGUGAAGUUUAUUUUAUGAUGCACAUCACUUUAUACUAUUAAAUGUUAUACAUGUUUGAUGAUGUAUUGAUGUGACAAAUUCUGCAAAAAUAGAAAUAAAUAGCUCUAAAUUUCAACAAUCUUCAUUUAUCUGUUGGCCUACAUGUCAUCUGAUGAUAUUGAUUCUUGACCUUUGAGGAGAGGGACUCUCAUUGCAGUUUGUGGAGUGGCAGAUUCCUGGUGAGGUUUGUUGAGCCAAAGUGUCCUGUUAUGGUACAGAGGUGUCUACGUCCAACUUUUUUUAUAGCACAGCUUUGGAUAUUGCCCAGUUGUUGAUCGAUAUGUAUCGUAGAGAUAGUCAAUCCAGGGACUGCAACACAGCCUGGAGCCUGGAUUCUCCUUUUUAUGUCAGCUUAAUUGCUGUGGAGAGCCUGGCCAUUUGAGCCUGUUCCAGCAGUACCAUGUCUCCUAAAAUUGUCACAACCAGUCUAUGUCUCUGGCAUACUGGCC